UCCCAGCAAGCCGACGGAAACUGCGCAGACUAUGAGAUAAGAUACUUAUGCCCAAGUACAAGUGGCACAUGGACAAACUACUUAGAUAGGGAUAAUCCAAGCGGUAGCGGUGACUGGGAGAACGUUGAGGCUUUCAGGGUUAAUGACAGUGUCAAUCUAUGCAUUGGUGGUCUCCCAAUGUGUGCCCGUUGUCGCGACAGAGACACCCACUACCAUUAUUAUGCAACAGGAGACACGUAUAAUACCGACCACGACUGUAGCUGGGAGAAUGGCUUGGUCUGUACUAGCGACGUCAACGGAAAGACCUGCAAGGACUACGAGGUGAAUUUUAAAUGUCCAAACAUAGGCACGUGUCCUGCAUGCGCUAAAUGGACUCCCUGGAUGGACAGAGACAACCCCAGCGGUAACGGAGACGCUGAGCACGUGGGACCAACGGGCUUUAAUCCGUGCUCCGGCCAUGAACCAAUUGAUAUCCAGUGUCGCGUGACAGGAACCAAUCAGCCGUGGGAUCAGACGGGUCAGGUGAUCAAAGUGAAGUGCACGUCCUCUGAAGGGUUCGUCUGCGAGAACAGCGACCAGCCAAGUGGAGAAUUUUGCAAAGAUUACGAAGUCCGUUUUCUGUGUCCGUAACUUAUGUCACUCGUUUGUUUUCACUGAAGACGGGGGGAAGACGGUGGGGAAACCCAAAUGACAAGCCAUUUCCUGGUGAAUGACACACAUUGCAAUCUGAAAAUAGUAAGACGGAGUAGAUCGAAGUGUCAAGCAAUUUCCCGUUAAAUGACACACAAUGCAAUUUGUUAAUACAUAGCAUAUCUGAGAACCAUACACAGACUUUAUUAAAUGUACUCAAACUUGUUGUUGACUUGAUAUGUAUUAAUUAAAAAUGUCGGUUUUUCACCAUUUUGAAAACUGACGCAUUUAACAAAAAUACCCUUUAGAGACAAUAAAUUGUACAUAUUUGCAUCGAAACAUUAGUUCGUGGCUUAUUGAUAAAUUAAGUUUAAGGCAGUUGUUGCGUAUACAAUACUGUAUGUGUACUAACUCUCUGUACCAGUGAUCGGUUGUUCAAAAUGCAUAUAUCUCACAA